AUGCAUGUGAAGACUCUUUUGCGCAGAAAGCUUUUUAUUGCAAUCAAUGUGCUGUACAUUGCCGUGAACUUGCUCCUUGCCAUUAAAACUGCGGUGGUAGGCAAGUACAAUCUCUUUGUCCAAAUCAGCUCAGCUGUGUUUAGUAUGUGUGUUUCAGCAUUGGUUUUUGUUUUGGGCAUUCAUUACGUAAGCAUCAACUGCAUGAUGUACGAAAUAUACCUGGGAGGAGCCAAUGCUGCAGUGCUGCUUUUUGUGCUCUUUUUGCUCUUCCUGCUGCACUUUAAGGCAAGUGCGCCGCUGCAGAUUAUUUUUGAAAAUAUACCAAUAAUUGCUGUCUCCAUUUUUUCUGUGCUGGUAUCAGUGUAUGUUGCGUUUCUGCGGAAGUGCAUCGUGGAUGGGCUGGUCUAUCCGAUAUUUAUACAGAGAAGGAAAAAGAUAGAGUCUCGGGCGGUUCUUGUGCGAAGAGAGUAUCCCGAGAUCUUCACUGUCCAAUAG